UCUACAAUCAAUUAACACAUACGGAUAUUGUUUAUUGCUAAACUGAUAUUGUAUGUGCUUUUCAUUUUCUUGUGCUCUCGACAGUUUUCAAAUCCAAUUGGGGCUUCAUCGGUUGCCAAGGGAGAUAUUGGUAUGAGUAGUAAGGGGGAAAGCUUUUCCAAUUGGGUUGACAUGGAUAUUGAUGAUGAUUAUGAAUCUGUUGAUUUGACUAGCAUACAUAAUCUGGGAGAAGCUUUUUUGAAGGAUUUCUGUAAGGAGGCAUCAGUUUCAUUCUUCAACCAGUAUGGCCUCAUUAGUCACCAAAUAAACUCGUACAAUGACUUCAUUAAAAAUGGUAUACAAAGAGUCUUUGAUAGUUUUGAUGAGAUUAUAGUUGAGCCUGGGUAUGACCCAUCGAAGAAGGGGAAUGCAGAAUGGCGAUAUGCUUCCAUCAGGUUUGGGAAGGUUACCCUCAUUUGACCAAGUUUUUGGGGCGGUGCUGUGAAUGAUAAGGAGUAUAAUAUGCUACCUAGGCAUGCUCGGCUUCAAAAUAUGACAUACUCAGCCAAGAUCAAAGUGAACGUUACUGUUGAGGUAUAUACUCAAAAUCUUGUCAGAAGUGAAAAGUAAACUGGUAAAGAACAAUGUCUUGACAAGCAGAUUGUGACUACAGAGAGUAGAGAUGUCUUUAUUGGUAAGCUCCCAGUGAUGGUGAAGUCUGACUUGUGUUGGAUGAAAGACGAGAAAGCUGACUGUGAAUUUGACCAUGGAGGUUAUUUUAUAAUCAAGGGUGCAGAGAAGGUUAUUAUUGCACAAGAGCAGAGCUGUCUGAAGAGACUUCUAAUUACAAAUAAUCAGGGGAUCACAGUAGCAUAUAGGUCUGAGGUAAAGCGGCAUAGACUACUAAUAAGAUUAUCAGGGAUUUCUCAACUUCAAAACAUUGAAGGAGUAGAAGUUUUGUCAGUGUACUUUAAGUCAGCAGAAAUCCCUCUCUGGAUUUGGUUUUUUGCCCUUGGGGUUUCUUCGGACAAUGAAGUUACAGAUCUGAUUGAUUAUGGCAAAGAAGAUGCAAGCAUUUCAAGCAUUCUAGUUGCCUCAAUUCGUGAUGCUGACCAACGAAAAGAUAACUUCCGGAGAGGGAAGAAUGCUCUCAGAUAUGUUGAAGAGAUGAUAAAGAAUACCGCGUUUCCUCCUCGGGAAAGCAUUGAAGAAUGCAUCAGCAUGUAUCUGUUCCCCAAUCUCAGGGGCUUGAAGCAAAAGGCUCGGUUUCUUGGCUAUAUGGUGAAGUCUCUUUUACAGACCUUCAGAGGCCACAGGAAAUGUGACAACAGAGAAGAAUUGAAGAACAAGAGGUUUCACUUGGCUGGUGAGCUUCUAGAGCGAGAGCUGAAGGCACACGUAGGACAUGCAGGAAGGCGCAUGGCAAAGGCUUUGCAGAGAGACCUUUGUGGUGACCGUGUUGUCUGCCUGGUUGAGCAAUAUCUAGAUGCUACAGUAGUAACCAAUGGCAUCUCCAGAGCAUUCUCAACUGGAGCGUGGUGUCAUCCUUUCAAGAGGAUGGAGAGGAUGUCUGGUGUGGUGGUAAAUGUUGGGAAAACAAAUCCACUGCAAACAAUGGUAGAUAUGAGGAAGACACGCCUCCAAGUUCAAUACACGGGGAAGGUCGGAGAUGCCAGAUAUCCGCAUCCUUCUCACUGGGGUAGGGUUUGCUUUAUCUCAACCCCAGAUGGUGAGAAUUGUGGGCUUGUGAAAAAUUUGGCUACCACUGCACUGGUAAGUACAAACAUAUUGGAGCCCAUAUUGCCCGACUUUUUCUCUAGUGGCAUGGAGGAGCUGGUAGAUGAUACUUCAACAUCACUUCAUGGGAAGAAUAAAGUUUUUCUCAAUGGGGAUUGGGUUGGUGUUUGUGAAGAUUCCCAUGAUUUUGUCAUGAAACUAAGGACAUUGAGACGCAGGAAAAAGUUGCUACAUCAGGUGGAAAUCAAAAGAGAUGAGCAGCUCCUGGAAGUACGCAUAUAUUCUGAUGCUGGAAGGAUUCUACGUCCUUUCCUGGUAGUUAAGAAUUUGAAUAAGAUUAAAGAAUCAAAAGGGAAAAAACACACGUUCCAGGAUCUUCUUGGCAAUGGAAUAAUCGAGCUCAUUGGAGCUGAAGAAGAAGAGGAUUGCUGUACAGCAUGGGACGUCAAGCAUCUAUUUAUGGAGGGGAAGUCAGCAGUCAAGUACACACACUGUGAACUGGACCUAUCAUUUUUGUUAGGCUUAAGUUGUGGUAUCAUUCCGUUUUCAAACCAUGAUAACGCAAGGAGGGUUCUAUACCAGUCUCAGAAGCACUCUCAGCAGGCCAUUGGUUUUUCUGCCACAAAUCCUAACCACAGAGUGGAUACUCUGUCUCACCAACUACACUACCCUCAGAGGCCACUUUUUCAUACUAUGAUAUCUGAUUGCCUUGGCCAACCAGGAAACCCAGUGAGCCAUAACAGAGUUAUGCCCAAGCCUGAAUACUUUAAUGGCCAAAAUGCAAUUGUUGCGGUCAAUGUGCACCUAGGAUAUAACCAAGAAGAUUCUAUUGUGAUGAACCGCGCAUCUGUGCAACGUGGUAUGUUCAAAUCUGAGCACAUACGGAGCUACAAGGCUGAAGUUGAAAACAAGUUCUCAUUGGGAAAAAGGAGGAAGCCAGAUGACUGUAUAAAUUUUGGCAAAAUACAGAGUAAAUUUGGAAGUGUUGACAGUCUUGAUGAUGAUGGAUUCCCCUGUAUAGGUGCAUAUCUGCAGAGUGGUGAUACUAUUAUUGCGAGGUGCAGUGAAUCUGGUACUGAUCAUAGCAUCAAACUGACGCAUACUGAAAGAGGAAAGGUUCAGAAGGUUGUACUUUCCUCUAAUGAAGAGGGAAAGAAUUUUGGUGUUGUAUCCUUAAGACAGGUUCGUUCUCCUUGCCUUGGAGACAAGUUCUCAAGCAUGCAUGGGCAGAAGGGUGUCCUAGGCUUUUUGGAGUCUGAAGAGAACUUCCCCUUCACAAUACAGGGGAUAGUUCCAGAUAUUGUAAUUAAUCCACAUGCAUUUCCUUCACGACAAGCUCCUGGUCAACUCCUAGAGGCUGCUUUAGGGAAGGGGAUUGCCUGUGGUGGUCAACUCCUAGAGACAAGCUCCUGGUCAACUCCUAGAGACAAGCUCCUAUAUGCAACUCCUUUCUCUACUCCCUCUGUUGAUGACAUCACAGAUCAGCUUCAUAGGUAA